UCCCUUAUUGCUUUCGUUAUGUACUCUACAGCUGCUAGAAAGACCAUAGCUGUGGCAGCUAGAAAGGUUGUACCGAGAGGUUUUGCCGUCCCACACAUCCCGCACAUUUCCGCCAUCUACGCCACCCAGCGCUUCAGCUACAGCGCCACACAGAGGAAGAUUCCGUCGAUUGAUGGUAUCAAAGGCUUUGAAGAAAUUGCUGUUGGUAUCUCUAAAGAUGAGAGGUUGGAAGAAAUAACUAGAGAAAGGGAAGCCGAAAUCUCUGCUGAAACCUCUACCGAAACCUCUGCUGAAAGAGACUUGGAAGAAAUGGAUGAACUAGAUGACGAUGCCUCCCCCUGGUACUUGCGCGGCGAAUCCGUCUCUGUUUCAGGCCUGCCCGUGGGUGAACCCUUCCCGGUGCUUCCACCUGACUCUCCUCCAUCCUUGGUCUCCGUUGUGGAGCACCUUCAAUCAAAACUCGGGUUAUCCGAUAUCAAAGUAUUUGACAUGGAACUUGCAGAUGAAGAGGUGGGUGCUCGCGCAUUGGGUGACUACAUGGUCGUGGCCACCGGGCGCUCUCCCCGCCACUUGAUCAAAUCUGCUACGGCGCUAACGGAGUUUGCGAAGCUGGAGUACAAUGCCGUGCCAUAUUCCGAAGGUUUGAUCAAGAACGCCGCGAUGCAGUUGCAGCACAAGCGUUUGCAAAAGCGCGCGCGCAAACGGACAUCCUCUAAUGUGGAUGACGACUACGGCGUGGUUUCGAACAGCUGGAUCAUGGUAGAAUGCAACUUUGACGGGAUUUGUGUCAACUUUUUGACCAAGGACAGACGCGUGGAAUUGAACUUGGAAUACUUAUGGUGCUCCAAGGAGGAUAAAGCGGUGUAUGAUGUAGCCAGAGCCGAAAAUUUUGCCUCUGAUGACAUCUUCAGUGGUGUCAGAGGGUACCACACGAUGGCUAGACGGAGAAUGGCCACCACUGCUGAAGCUAUGGAUGUUGAAGCCGAAUCUUUCACCCAGAUGUUGGAAAACUACGCCAAACGCGGGGACUACUCCGCCUGCUCGAUGAUGGUCAAGGAAGCAACACACGUAACUGACGAUCACCACACGCUUCUUUUGGAAUCGUUUGUUUCCCAAGCCAAAAGAAUUCAAUCAGAGGGUGCUGAUGCUUCACUCACGACUGAAAUCGUCUCCCAAUUCGACGCAGUCUUCCCGUUGAGCCCAACGCGCGUGCACUGGGAGACCCGCACCCAGUUUCUCUACGUCCUUCACAAGAUCGAUCCGCAAGUCUACCCGCUAUCGCUCGUCAAGCAGUCGCUUGUGGCACAGCAGGCGGCUGGGACCUUGGUCUCCAUGAAUGACGUCACGUUUUACGCUGCAGCGGUCUCUGGUUCCCCACAGUUCUUUGCGACCAACGAGCACAUGGACUUGGUAGCGGAGUUGAAGUUUGACAUGGUUUCCGAGCUCUUGGAAAGCGUGUUCUUGGUUCAGGGCAAAGAUUUUCCGUGGAACAAAGUCCUUGCCAGCGUCUUGGUACAGUGCACGCUCCAGCUGGCUGCUUCUGGUUUCCUCCAACCAUCGAGUGUCUCUCUCGAAGCAUCUGCAACCUCUGAGGCCGUUGCAUAUGGUAAAAGAACGAUGGACUCUGUACUUAGAUUUCUCUCCAGCAUCGGCCAGUUGCCCGAGUUGGUGCAGUCUGAGGAAUUCACUGCGUUGGUCUUAUCCGGUUAUGCCUCUGCUCGCGACUGGCGGGCGUUCUUCCAAUUCUGGGAAAUUGCCGGCACAUACUCCGUUGGUAUAGAAGCUGGCGAGGGCUCUGUCAUCGACACCCGUCCGUGGAUCUAUAUGUAUACGCUUGUGGCGCAGACCGGCGACUUUCGUGCCUGUACCCAUGUCUUGGACCAUUUGUAUCCCCAGAUGAGAAGUUGCGGCGUGGAUAUCGACGACGAAAACGUUAGGGCAGCCGUCAGAAAGGUGUUAAUCACCUUGUCUCCCGAUCUUGGGCCUAACAGCUAUCUUGACAUUAGAGAGCAGGCGUUGAAUUAGGAAAUACCGUGUAUAAAGGCUUGUAAAUAGUAAUGAAAUGUAUUGAGAUAUACUAA